CAGGGCUGAAAGAUAGGGACGAUUUUUUUUUUCUUUGGUGUUCGAUGGUUGCAUUUGAGAGUUUGCUCUGCACCAAUGAAAUACCAUCGUUUAAGCGGGAACGCACGGAUGCAUGCAUUGUUGUCGCCUCCUUUGCCCUUGAUUCUAAGAAUCUUACCCCCGAGAAGUCGAAUUCAUCCUUGCAUCUGAUAAAACAACGGACUAUUUUUUCCUGGAUUUUGUAGCAUUGAAAGCUAAACCCUCGUUUUCUUCCUCGGGAUG